UGCAUAUUCUAAUUGCAUAUUUGCAUUUGUUCUACUUGCCACAAAGUAACAAUGGCAAAUAAGCAUUGAUUUCACCCUACAGCUCUCUUGUAGUUUGAACAAAUUCUGAUUCAAUUUGGAAGUUUCUUAAACCUUAACCUCUUAACCAUUAUCCCUCGAUUGAGCAUUUAUGAGCAUAGUAUAAAAAACCGACUCGGGUCAUUGGUUGAACUGGAAAAAACCGGAACCGGUGCCUUGUCUGGUUCGGUUCAUUAGCAGGAUCUUUCCUUUAAAAAACCGGUGAAAUAAAAUAUUUUUUUCGUCAAUUGCAUAGAACUAGCGAUCUCCUUCCCACCAACGUGAGAUUUUUAAAUAAGUUAUCGAGAAAAGUUACCGAGAAAAAGUACGAAAAAAAUUAUUGAGAAAAAAUUAUUCAGAAAUUUUUUUGAGUAAACGUUAUCGAGAAAAAUUCUGAGCAUAACUUUUUUCGACGGUAACUAUAUCACGUUGAAAACGAACCUUUCUCGUGUUGGUCGUCACGUCACACUGGCCCGGACCAAGAACCCCCUACCGGCCUCAACAUGCGCACCCAAGCCUCAUCAGCCACGAGGCCCCCCGUCCAAGUACGUGGGCCGCUUGGACAGCUCGCUUUGUGGGCCGCUCCCUCGCCCGUGAGUUUCCCUGCGCACGCGUGUGAAUCAGAAUUUUUGUCAAUCUAAUUCGUGCGCGGCUGCCAGGACAGCAAGUAGCGACUUUCCUUUUUGGAAAGUUUAAAAAAAAACUUUUUCAAAUAAGUUAUCAAGAAAAGUUAUAAAAAAAGUACCGAGAAAAAAUCAUCGAGGAAAUUUUUGAGAAAAAAUUAUCAAAAAAAAUUUUCAACACAAACUUUUUUCAACGGUAACUAUAUCACGUUGAAAACAAACCUUUCCUGUGUGGAUCGUCACUUGUGGCCGAGCCCCCUCAUCCGCAAGGCCCCAGCCGAGUCUGUGGGCCGCUCGCUUGUCCGCGAGUAGUUUCCCUGCACGUGCGGAAUUUUUUUUCAAAUAUUUAAGAUUACAUGUCCAUUUGAAAAAUAAUGAGAUAUACCCUACCGUUGAACAGACAAGAUUUUGUGGACCUCGGCUGCCAGUAAAUUUAAUAACAGAAGAGAGAAAGAUCUUGUUCGUUCGGCGGGCGAGAACUUAAUCUUACAUGUUGAACAUGUGAGACAUUCAUCUUGCCUGUACAGUGGGUGAUAUUUUUUUAUCGCCCACCUCCCGAGCAACAUAUUUGAUUUAAUUCAAUUAAAAAAAUAUAUGUAUAAUUAGUUUUUUAAUAUGGAUUUUGUAUUCGGUAAAUUGAAAAAUAUUGCACAUUUAUUUGACGAAAAAUGGUACUCAUGCAUACAGUUGUCCAAACGGUUCAUCCUAUCCUUGAAUUUAUUUGGAUGUUAUUUUAUCGAUAUUUCUUCAUUUAGUUGGUGUAAAAGUGUGUGAAAUUUUUUAUAAAGUGACUUUGUGAGAAUACAAAAUCUAACUUGUCGAACAAUAGUAGUUCGAAGCACAAAUCUCUACUCCUUUAAAGCAGCUCUUUCGUCGUGAGUCGUUCUCAUCCUGGGCCAAAAUCGUGCGUCGUCCUCACAUCCUCACAGGCCCAAAAAAAAAACAAAAAUCCAGUCAGCCCAAUGUUCACGACCUGGAGAUCCCCGAGCCGCAGAAGCCGUCUGCUAACCCUAUCACGCACGAGCUACCGAACUCCUCGCGCCGCAGCCGACCGCCGACCGUCCCACGGAUGCGCCAUGGCUGCCGCUUGCAGCUCCCGCGCCAUGGCCGCCGCGUUGCAGCUCCCACGCAGCUCCCACGCACGCCGCCUGCGCCGUCUAUGCGCCAUGGCCGCCGCGUUCUCCCAUCCAUGGCCGCCACCAGAGCUGCCGCGAUUAGUCCGCCGCGUUGUCGAUCCCGACCCUCCAUCUCCCCCUCGCAACGCCGGUUUUCGCUGGUGGUGCUCGACAGCGGGACGGUCCAAAGCAAGGAGAUGGUGGUAACCACCAUGCACACAGCACGUCUCAAGCUCCUGCAGCAACUGCUCGUCUCCGUAGUAACCGCCAGUACAAAAAGCCGUGUAGGGUAGCCCGCCGGGGAAUAGAAAAAAGUAGCCGAGGAGGAGGAGGGGAGAAGGCUAGCGAACAAUUUCUUCUGGUACGAUUGCUGUGAUUGUUCUCCUGGAGACCCUACCUACCUGAACGAGGGAGCAGCCGAGAACAAGUUGAGUUUGCUUUUCCCUAAUUGAGGAAAGAAGAAGAAAGAAAUUGUAGCGAGUAGAGUGGGACAUUACAUGAACCAUUGAGUGAGCUCAAGAGCCAUCAACUUGUGCUGCUAGCUCAAUGGUGCCAAAAAAUAUUACCCGAAAGAGAACUUACGCAGAUUUUUCCCAUCGCCCAGUGGUUCCUAGAUUCAAAUUAUUCGAUGAUAUUGAUAUUUUGGACUUGGAGACAUCAUGGAGUAUCGUUGUUAUGAUAGAUGUCAAGUUCCCUAUCCAGCCUCGUUAUCGUGAUAGCCAACACUUUAUCCUCAUGGAUACCUGUGGGUCCAAAAUGGAAGCAAUUGCAUCGAACAACAACGUUGAAAGAUUCAAUGCUUUACUUGCUGAAGGAUGUGUUUAUACCUUACAUGAAGUAAGAUUCGAUCCUAACUGGGAGGAGGCGUUGCAAUUUCGAAAUAUUGGACAUCGAUAUGAGUGUGUCUUGAACAAUCGCACUAGGGUUGAGCCGUAUACCAUGCCUAUUCAGUUUCCGCUCUACCCAAAGCACCUUAUGUCAUUCCCUGAAGUGUAUCGCCGUCCUAAUAAGACUUUUGUAGAUAUAGCUGGAGUAGUUGUGCAUUGGGCAGCAAUUGAGCACAUUGGUUGUAGCCUCUAUAGAGAGGUCACACUCAUGGACACAAGGUGCAACUUGAUUGUUGUUGGGGUUUGGUCCCACCAUUUGACCCGACAUGCGCGUAGCUGGACAUUGGCUAAUGCUAACAAUGACAUAGUCUUGUUAACUAUGCUUCAAAAUAACAGGAGACACGGGUGCUUGGAGACUUCAGAGCAUACAACUUUUAAAUUCAACCCAAGUCAUUGCGCUACACGUGCACUGCAGAGCGUGCGCAGAUCGGUGAUCACAGGAUCUAUGGAUCUCCGUUUUGUUAACAGAUUUCUUGAGAAUAGAUGGGCGUACCUAGCAACCGUGGUUUGAGUGUGAUGGCUACAAGUACUAAUAGUUCUUAGAAGACUACUAUAGCUAGACAUUAUUCACACAUGUUAAUGUGUCUAUCGGUUAUCAAGUUUUUAGUUUUAUUGUGAUUUUUGUGUUGUUUAAGUAAUUAUACCAAUGGAUUAUCUUAUUUCUAGACUACUUUUCAAUGGAUGUGUAUUUGGGACUGAAAUU